GCACCGACAGAGAGACAGAGGAUCAGAGAGGGAGGCAGAGGCUGGGCCCGGCUCAGCGAUCCUGAGGCCUCUUAGGCAGGAAGGCGGAGGCUGCCCUGGGACCAGCCAGGACCAGGCCGACAGCGCCCAUGAGCUCCAACAUGGCUGCGGCGGCGCCAACAGCUGUGCCUGCCUCCAGGAAGGAGUCUCCAGGCAGGUGGGGCCUGGGGGAGGAGCUGACAGGCGCAGGGCCCUCGCUCCAGUGCCGCGUGUGUGGGGACAGCAGCAGCGGGAAGCACUACGGCAUCUACGCCUGCAACGGCUGCAGCGGCUUCUUCAAGAGGAGCGUGAGGCGGCGGCUCAUCUACAGGUGCCAGGUGGGGGCAGGGAUGUGCCCGGUGGACAAGGCCCACCGCAACCAGUGCCAGGCCUGCCGGCUGAAGAAGUGCUUGCAGGCGGGCAUGAACCAGGACGCCGUGCAGAAUGAGCGCCAGCCACGAAGCACCGCCCAGGUCCGAAUGGACCGCGUGGAGUCAGACACGGAGCCCUGGCUGGAGCCCCUGGCGGCUCCCCCGACCCCAGCGGGGCCCAGCCCGCGGGGCCCUACACCUGUGUCUGCAGCCAGAGCCCUGGGGCCCCGGGCCCUCACACCUCCAGGCCACCACCACUUCAUGGCCAGCCUGAUAACGGCCGAAACCUGCACUAAGCUGGAGCCGGAGGAUGCUGAUGAGAAUAUUGAUGUCACCAGCAAUGACCCCGAGUUCCCCUCGUCCCCAUACUCCUCCUCCUCCCCCUGGGGCCUGGACAGCAUCCAUGAGACGUCAGCUCGCCUCCUCUUCAUGGCUGUCAAGUGGGCCAAGAACCUGCCCGUGUUCUCCAACCUGCCCUUCCGGGAUCAGGUGAUCCUGCUGGAAGAGGCAUGGAGUGAACUCUUCCUCCUCGGAGCCAUCCAGUGGUCUCUGCCCCUGGACAGCUGCCCCCUGCUGGCCCCGCCUGAGGCCUCUGCUGGUGGCAGCUCUCAGGGCCGGCUGGCACUGGCCAGUGCAGAGACUCGAAUCCUGCAGGAAACCAUUUCAAGGUUCCGGGCACUGGUGGUGGACCCCACGGAGUUCGCCUGCAUGAAGGCCCUGGUCCUCUUCAAACCAGAAACGCGGGGCCUGAAGGAUCCUGAGCAUGUGGAGGCCUUGCAGGACCAGUCCCAGGUGAUGCUGAGCCAGCACAGCAAGGCCCACCAUCCCAGCCAGCCUGUGAGGUUUGGGAAACUGCUCCUGCUCCUACCGGCUUUGAGGUUUAUUACUUCUGAACGUGUUGAGCUCCUCUUUUUCCGCAAGACCAUAGGAAAUACUCCAAUGGAGAAGCUCCUUUGUGAUAUGUUCAAAAACUAGUGGAGGUGGAAAUAAAAUGGGUGCAACCACUUUGGAAAACAAUCUACUGAAGCUAAACAUCUGCCUGCCCUUUGAUUCAGCAACUGUACCCGUAGGUAUGUGUACCUAGCAGAAAUGUUCACCAAAAGAUAGGACAAGAAUGUUCAUAGCAGCUUUUUUCAUAAUAGCUCCAAACUGUACAAUGACAAUAGGAUGGAUUAAUAAAUUGUGGUACAUUCAUAAAAUGGAAAACAGCAAUAAAAAGGAAUGAACCAUCAAUAUUAUGUGGCAACAUGGAUAAAUUUCACAGAUGUAAACGUUGAACAAAAGCAUCCAGGCACCAGUUCUGCUUAUACAAAGUUCAAGAACAGGCAAGACUAACCAAUGGUGGUAGAAGCUGGAAUAGUGGUUACCUCCGCGGCAGGGGUUGGGGUUGAUUGGAAAGGGGCCUGAGGGAGCUUUCUGAUGUGCUACAAAUGUUCUUUAUUUUGAUCCGGGUGGUGGUUUCGUAAAUUUAUCCAUUCAUAAAAAUUAAUUGAGCCAUGCACUUAAGAUUUGUGCAAUUUACUGUAUUGUUAGACCUCAAAAAAAAAAAAAGUGAAAAAACAAAAA